UCGUCCUUUUGUCGAAAGCAUUAGAUAUAAAAGUGUGUGGACCUCAUAACCCUCCCGAGAGCUUCUCCGCGCCUCACUUCCUCUCACUCUAACUCGCUUUAACAGCUCGCUGUCGCUUUCCGCGGCCACUUUCCCCAGCCUCUUUCGUCCAUUCAGCAUCGCUUCAACUUUUAGCUUAGCAUCAUUUUCCCCAUUUUUUUGCCGCCACUGCAGCAGCGGUUGGCCGUUAGCGCUUCCCUCCCCUCAGAACCAGCAGAGAAUAGAUCCGUAUCCACACCGUUUAUCACUAUAUUUACUGUUCUUAUCAACUGACUGAAGGACCCCAGUGCUGCAGCAGACUGGUAUAUAUGUGCAGUUGGGGACUUGGAUUUACACAUAUCGCCAAAUAAGGAACCGGGAAGAGCAUCUCCUCAUCAGCUGAAGGUUUAUUAUCACUGAGUUGAUACUUCCAAACUGCAGCCAUGGAUGAGAUGGACCUGCCCCAGAUGAAGAAGGAGGUGGAGAGCCUGAAAUAUCAGCUGGCAUUUAAAAGAGAGAAAUCCUCCAAGACAGUCACAGACCUGGUGAAGUGGAUUGAGGAGUGCGUUCCUGAAGACCCAUUUCUGAACCCGGAGCUGAUGAAGAACAACCCAUGGGUGGAGAAGGGGAAAUGUGUGAUCCUUUAGAAGAAAAAACAGUGGUCCCGAGUCUUCCCCUGAAAAAAAAAACAACGCCCCAGAAUCUCUGCAGGACAAAACACACCUGCACCCUGCUCCUUUUCACCAUGAAUGUACAACAGCCCACACACACACAUUCUCUUUCACACUGAGUCAUUAGCACCAUACAGUCACGAUUUGCAAGAUUCUACUGCAACUUUGCCAUGCAUUAACUAUUAUUCUAACCAUAAAUGUCAAAUAUAUCUUUAUAUGCGGUUAGUGCAGUUACUUUAGUCUGUUAUAUUUCGCUGUUGUCGCUACUGCUUGCGCUUUAUUUUUGAUGGCGAAUUCAAGCAACUUUUCAACACUGUCAGAAAAGGCCUGCUUGCAGACAAGGAAAGACAAGGCAGCAUAGCUGUAGGAUCAUUAAAGUGAUAGUUGGAUAAAAAAAUACAAUUUUGCCAAGUUAAACCUCUUAACCCAAAACAUACACUCUUCAGUGGUUCUAUAAAAAAACAGGCAAAGGAAUGUUAACUAAAAAACAAAUCUCAUAUAGCACAAAACAGGGUUCUGUUAUUGCUACAAUUCAGAGAACUCUUUUCCAGCACUACAUAGAAAUUGUAUUUAGAGUGUAGUCAAUGAGUCAAGACAUGUUUGGCAUUUAAAGUUUUCCACAGGAGCUUCAAGGAUAAUGGAAGCCUCAUCAGUUAGCACUUGCCUCAGACUGUGUCUUAAUGUUAAACCUGUCUUAAACUGUUGGACAGAAACCACAUAAGCAAGUCUACUAGAGGUUACAUAACCGCCUUACAUCGUUUGAGGCGUUGUAGACGUAGGCAUGCAGAUAGCACCAUGCUAAUUUGUGGGGAUUACCUUCCAUUACUUACAUAUGUUAAUCAUAAAACUCCAGCGUAAAACUUACAAACCUCUGACACUAAACAUGUAUUGGCUAAUUGACUACAUUUUAUGGUUGAGAAAAUGAUAUUCAUUCUUAUUUUUGACCAAACUAUCGCUUUAAUUCAGGUCUGAAAGCUUCUUUUCUUUUUCUGCAAUCUGUUAAUCUGUUUAGCAGGCCAGUGCACUAAUUAGAAAAACACACACUCCACUCUCACUUUAAGCACCAUUUUGUACAGAUGAAAUCUGUUCUAAUUUAUUGACUUAUUUAUGAUCAUCUAUUUAUUUAUUUAUUUAUAGUUUUAUUGACUACUGAUCUAGUUGGCGGUGAAUGCUUUGGGCUAUUUUUACAUCUGUGCCAGUAAAGGCCCUUGUUAAGCGAAAGCUGAUGAAAAAAACACGUCUUUCCAAGUUUACCAUCAAAUACUGCCUUGUACACAGUUUCCUUAAAGAAUGUAUGUGUUUCGUAAGGAAUUUGCAAACCAUCUGCAGCCACGAGACUGCGCUCAGACCGAGGCUUAAAGCGAACGAUUGGGUAAAAAAUCUUCUUCCAAAUGCAGUAGAUCAGAAAAGACAUAAGCGGUGCUUCUUUAGUUUCACACUGAAGCUAAAACGUUAUUGCAAAUAAGACCCCACUAAUUAGCACUGGAGCUAGGAGGCUAAAGUAGCUAACAAGUAAUAGAAGUGUAUAUACCACCAAUUAGUACUCGAGCUACGAGGCUUAAUGUACUGUGUUGAAUACCUGUUAAAGUUUUUCAUCUGAACAGUUUUAGCUCUGUAAGACUAAUAUAUAUGAAGAAAACUUAUGUAAAGGCAGUUUUACAUUACAUAAAAAAGUAAAAAACAGAUACCCAGUACAGUUUAAAGAUAAAAAGAUGAUAAAAAUUCAGCAGAUUUCAGUAUAAGCAAAGUAAGUUGGCUGAUGGAACUAAAAUAUCAUAGACUUGGAACCAAACAUGCCACCAAUCUAGUAAACUAUUGAACAAUUACACAAAAGUCAGUAGAGUUUUUUAAUGAAUUGAUACAGUAGUGCAAGGCAUAAUAUUAUGAUGCUUUGAUAUAUUGAGAAGUUUUUACACUCCUGUUUAUUUUUUAUACACAACCCACUCAUUGCUUAGUUAAAACAGAUUUAAAUAAUGUGCUUAGGUGCAUUAAACCUUUUACAGCACUGCGUACAGUGUCGAAGAUCUCCACUGGUUACCAUACAUAUAUCUUUACAUCGUUCACUUGGAUCUGUAAAAACAAAGUGUGUGAUGGUUUGGAUCUCAAUGCUAAUUGGUGUACCAUUACUUGUUAGAUACAUUUGCCUCCAGUCAUGAACUAAAGAUGCACCAAAUAUGCCUUUGGCUAAAAGGGGGAUUUUAUGUUUUUGACCAAACUAUCGCUUUAAAACUCAGAUGCACCACAUCUGUUGAUGCUGAGCUAGGCAAGUGUGGGUUAAUUUAUUACUUCUGAUUUUGUUCUGUUUUAUAUAUAGGAGUAUUAGAAAACUGUCUAAUUAUCUUGCGGUGUUCUACAAGUGAGAGUGCUUUGGGGAAAUUAUGCAUAAGAUCAAGUUCUAGGUUAAUGAAUAAGCAAUAAGCAAUGACAUUUUUUAUUGAAUGUUUUACAAAAACAUUUAUCUUGAAUAAAGUAGAGGAUUUUUAGACA